UUGUGCAGUAAAAUUUUCAAUUUUCAAUUUAGGGUGUUACUGAAUUGUUAAGUUUAUUUAUUAUUUUAUAGUUUAAUAAAAAAAAUGUCGCCAAAACGAUUUUUCUGUGUCAGUUUAUUUUUAAUUUGUAUUUUCGGAUUUUCUGAAGCAGAAUACAAUUCUAAACAAAAUGCUGAAAUGUUAACCAAUCUUUUUGCUAAUGAUAAGUGGAAAAAAUUGAAUGACGUGAAAGAAGUUCUUUUUUAUAACAAAUUGUUCUUCUUAGAAACAAACUUUGAAAAAAAUAUUGACUUAUACAAUUGCAAUAAUAAAGUACGAGCUGCUACACUUGUACUUGGAUGUUCGUAUGUUAAAUAUUUGAAAACUUUUUAUUUUAUGUUUGAAAAAUUUAGAAAUUAUUGUGAAAAGCUAUAUGGCCAACAAAAUCUCAAAACUUAUGCUUAUGAUUGCACUAAAAAGUUAUUGAUAUUAAUAAAUAAAUUAAAUUCAUUAGUUAAAAUAAUGCGAGGAGCAUUAAUAGCAUUAGAUAUAAUGCACACUAAACCAUGGGACAAUUCUAAAGAACAUGAUUUUUUUUUCAUUCGUUUUCUUUCUGUUUUACUAAAGAAUCAUAAAGUUUUAAAAAAUAAUUUUUUAAUUGAUUCAAUAAUUACACAACAAUCAUUAAAUACUAUAACCACUUUUUUAAAAGAAAAAGUGGAUCUAAUCGAUUAUAGAUGCCCACAUUGUAAAUAUAAUCAUUAUAAUUUGAAUGAGAUGUGGCAAAGGUGGAAUGAAGAAUAUGAAACUAUAACUAAGGUAGACAAUAAACUUAGUUUCUGGGAUUAUUUAAGUAGAAAGUUACACGAUACAAUUAAGCACACAAUGGUUGACAAAUUUAUUGACCUUGGAUUUAAAUACGAAUCGUCGACCCAAAAGAUUGUUGUACCCAUACAAUUAAAUUCUGAUAUUCAACCAAAUUAUACAUGUACCAAAGAGAUGAUUGAACUAGUGCAAAAUGAUUCUAAUGAGUAUACUAAAUUAAAAAGCUGUAAUAAAAAAUUAGAAGUUCCAGAUAAAAAUAUAAGAACGCCAGAACUAAUAAACUUUUUUCAAGAAGAAGUUCCAUCUGGAGAUCCUAAAACGUCAGAAUUUAUCGACUUUUUAAAACAAGGAUUGAACCCUGAAGCGUCACCAGAAGACAUUUUAGAGCCAAUGGACAUUGAUAAACACAAAAUAACCACGUAUAAAUUUAUAUAAGUAAACACUACUCAUUUCUUCAAUAUAAAAAUUACAAUCAAAACAUCAUAAAAUACUCACUUCAAACCAGUAAAAAGUUUUUGAAAAACCAAAAUAAUAUAAAUGAAUUUAUAAAAGUAUUAAGAAAAAUAUAUACAUUGUCAAUAGCUGUUUUAGCAUCAA